AAGCAUCAAUCUGGCAACCCUGGCAUUGGGGUGGAGGGUUAGAGGAGAGCUCCAGCUUUAACUUCAGCUAGUUGAUAAACUAGAGAGAAGCAAGUGUGUUCAGGGGAGCUCUCCAAACACAGGAGGGAAACAUGGCGAAGGGGUCGAGAGUCUCUGUGGCUGAGCUGGCUGGAAAGUUUUCAUGUCAGACUCCCCAUCGUUCAGAAGAUGAAGCGAACAAGCCUGUACGGAGGAGACCUCCACGCACACUGCCACUUCUGGUCAAUAAUGAUGUGGAUAAGGGGCAGGACGAGAAAGCAGAAGUUGGUUCCCAGCCACCGAGAAAGAAUCGAAACUCUGCCCUCAUUGAGAAACUACAGGCAACUCUUUCACCAACGGCCCUCCUGCCUUCCCCGUUGAGUCCAGGAGCUGGGAAACCACAGCUGCCAUUUUUUCCACCUCAGUCACCCUGUAGCCCGGUCAGCCCCUCCUCAGCACCCAAACUGAGCCAGUUAGAGAGCCCAGCUAGCUUCGAGGCCCCUGCAGAAAGUCUCACCCUUCCAAACAUCAACAAGGGUCGUGCUCGUCAUUCUAUCAAACGCCGUCCUCCAUCUCGCCGACUCAGGAAGUCCAGCGGGGACGAAGGUGGGACUGAAGAGGAAAAUGCCACCACGCCUGUCUCUGGUCCGACAACUCCAGACGGAAAGGAGAACGACGUGUUCGAAAAAAAAGAGGAGACUGACGGUGCCGACUCUGCAUCUGCUACAUCUCAGCAACAGCAAGAUCAAGUGCAACAUGAAGCUUUAGCAGAUUCAGAGCAGCAGCCCGUAGCUUCAGCAGGAGGAGAAGAGAGCAGGGAGUGUGUCGUGUUGGCUGAGAAAGAGGAGACAGUAGAAGAGGAGAAGAAGACUGAGCAGCCUGAGUUAGAGAGCAGUAAAGAAGAGGCCACAAAACAAGAACCUGAUGAGGAGACAGCCGUAGAGGCACAGAGCGAACCAGUAACAGCAACAGAGGAGGAGAAAACAGAGGAAGUGAAAAAGGAAGAAGAAGACAACAGAAUGUAAAAGCAAUGAAAAUAUGAAUUCUACUCAAGGGACAGUUCACUAAAUCCUAGCCAUGUGGGAGAACAACAAGGCUGAAGCAGAGGCCCGGUAAUAAUGUGAAUCAAAUGCCCUCAAUCAAACCUCCUAACAAAACUUUAGCACCAGUUAAAGUUUUUUAGUAUUUUUUUUUUCUUUGUGUACAUUAGUGCAAGUUAAUCAGAAAGAAAACCAUUUUUUUUCUUGUACAGUUUUGCUAAAAUCUUUUUUUUUGUGAUGGAGGAUUUUUUUCAGAUUCAGUAUUUUGUAUAUAUAUGGCACUAAAGUUUAACGUUGUAGUAAAAAGAUGGAUGGAUGUUGACAAGAACAUGUUUUUUUUAAUUUAAAAUGCAAAACACUGGGAUUUAGAGCAAGUGUAUAAUGUGUUGCCAGAUACACAGUCAAGUAUUAUGUUUAUAAUAAAGGUUUAAAUCAAAGAUAAAGAAAGAAAGCAUUUUUAUUUUUUAUUUUAAUGACACCCUAGAGUGAAAAAUCUUGAAAAAGUGUUGUCCUCAUGUCCCAAAAAUGUGUGUAGGAUUUUGUGUAUCUAAAGAUUUCACAAUAUCUCUGUCACCGAAAAUAUACCUUUCCACAUUGAGUUCUGCGUUAAAUGAAUCAA